AUGAAAAUUUUCUAUUUUAGUGAAAACAGCCGGGCUGUUGGUAAGAUUGAAUACUUGAAACCUAUAAUCUUGAUCUCCUCAACCCUACUCACAUCCUCAGCAGUACCAUCACAGAUUCUGCUUCCAGCAGUGGAGCUUGCAGUCAACACUAGUUUGGAUAUAAUUGAACCUGAAUGGACUAUUCCUCUUCUAAAGCUAAUCUUAUUCGGACAAAAUAAAGAUAAGUUUGAUGGAGAGCUGCGGGAAUUAUACAUGCAGUUGUACAUAGAAGAAUUGUUUUUUAGUAAACAGUUUAAAGAGCUUGUUCAGAAAGUUGAUGACGUCAUUGAAGAAUUUCCUAAGAAGGAGUUAAAUAUGAAGUUCAUCAAAGGAUUGUCAAUGAGGUAUUUGGAAAGGGAAGAGGAUCCUUUGUACUAUAGAACUAAUGUACAAAUGGUGUACAGCUUAUAUCCAAGACUACCUUCACAGAGAGAAUCGUUAAGAGAGCAGAUAAAACGCUUGGAAGGUCGUCUUCGUAAAUCUGGAGAGAUGGAUUUAUUAAACCUGAUGUGGGAGAUGGGUGUAGAUAUUACAUUAUAUCCUUCAAGAUACCAACGUACAUCACUCCAUAUUCAGCAUCUACAGGUUUACCCGGUCUGGCAAUUAGAGAUGAUAGAGAAGAAAGAAUACAAGGACCGCAUUGAAGGGAUACAGAAAAAUUGGGAAGAGAUAAGGAAUGAAGCUUUAACUUUGCUGCAGCACUCUGAAUUGAACAAAACAAGAGUUGAACCAGAGUACGAUAUUUACAGUAAAACUGAACAGAUUGUAUUCUCUGGACCUCACCUCUCUUCCUUCCCACCCUCGCUUUGUGCUGCAGCCCCUAUAACCUGUUCACUAUUAAAGAAAUUUCCUGAAGCUGCUGAUUGCGCUUAUGGAUAUAUAAUGAUUACCGUAUUGGAACCUGGAGCUGUAAUCUAUCCUCAUGGUGACAAAACCAAUACAAAACUCAGAGUACAUUUAACCCUGGAUGCUGCGGAUCUAAGUUUUUUUGAGAACAAUCCUCAGUUGCCUGCUGCAGGGCUUCUUUUGGCACAGAGAGAAGUUAUAGGAUGGGAGACAGGGAAGCUUGCAAUCUUUGAUCCAAGUUUUGAACAUCAGAUGUGGAAUCAAGGAGACCAGAGGGUUGUAAUUCUAAGCUUUGAUGUAGAUCAUCCUGAACUAGGAGUUAAUAUGAGAAAGAAGCUGAGAGGAGUCUUUGACGGGAAAACACAAGAAGAAGAUUUAGGAAUAUCGAUUUUGAGGGUCCCUGAAGAUCUGAGGAUUACCACGCGGUAUAUUUAUGAUCAGUUUGAAACCAAUGAAUCGGAAGGCAAGCAAUCAAAAAGCAACCAAUCAGAAAGCAACCAAUCAGAAAGCAACCAAUCAGAAAACAACCAAUCAGAAAGCAACCAAUCAGAAAGCAACCAAUCAGAAAGCAAGCCAUCAGAAAGCAAGCAAUCAGAAGCCAACCAAUCAGAAAGCAAGCAAUCAGAAGCCAACCAAUCAGAAAGCAAGCAAUCAGAAAGCAAUUAAGAGAAAGGAGAAACAUUUUAAAACAUUCGUAAAUAAUUAUAUAGUUCAAUAAACUCUUUUUAUCUAAAAUGAAAAUCCCUUAGAAAUGUAAACAGCGGUGUCUUUGACCCGAUCCCAUGUGGCUAUUUCCGAUCCCAUGGGCCUAUUUCCGAUCCCAUGAUGCCAUUUCCGAUCCCCUGGGGCUAUUUCCGAUCCCAUGGGCCUAUUCCCGAUCCCAUGAUGCUAUUUCCGAUCCUAUGGGGCUAUUUCCGAUCUCAUGGGGCUAUUUCCGAUCCCAUGGGGCUAUUUCCGAUCUCAUGGGGCUAUUUCCGAUCCCAUGGAACUAUUUCCGAUCCCAUGGGGCUAUUUCCGAUCUCAUGGAGCUAUUUCCGAUCCCAUAGGGCUAUUUCCGAUCCUAUGGGGCUAUUUUCGAUCCCAUGGGCCUAUUUCCGAUCCCAUGAUGCUAUUUCCGAUCCUAUGGGGCUUUUUCUGAUCCCAUGGGACUAUUUCCGAUCCCAUGGGGCUUUUUCCGAUCCAAUGGGGCUAUUUCUGAUCUCAUGGGGCUAUUUCCGAUCCCAUGGGGCUAUUUCCGAUCUCAUGGGGCUAUUUCCGAUCCCAUGGGGCUAUUUCCGAUCUCAAGGGGCUAUUUCCGAUCCCAUGGGACUAUUUCCGAUGCCAUGGGGCUAUUUCCGAUCUCAUGGGGCUAUUUCCGAUCCCAUGGGGCUUUUUCCGAUCUCAUGGGGCUAUUUACGAUCCCAUGGGGACUAUUUUCGAUCUCAUGGGGCUAUUUCCGAUCCCAUGGGGCUAUUUCCGAUCCCAUGGGGCUAUUUCCGAUCCCACGGGGCUAUUUCCGAACUAGCUGGAGUGCCCGGUGUUGCCCGUGAAAUCAAAAAAGAAUUUCGAAUUUAAAGGAAAUUGAUUUUUAACAAAAUUAUUCAAAAAUCGAAAUUUUUAGCCUAUGGGUACCCUACCCACAGCUGUCCAGGGCUUUAUUAUACAGACGAAAAAGCGAAGAUUUCCAAAACAAAAUAUGGGAUCUUUACAAUUGCCCUGUAAACUUCACCGUUUUCUAAAUCUCAAGGAGAGAAGUGGUAAUUGCUUUGGAAAUCUUAUGCCCGGCUGAGCCAAAUUUCUCAAAUUGUUUAACUUUUCAAAUUUGCAAUUUGUGAUAGGAUAUGACAAGGUUACAUAAAUUUAUCUAAAAAUAAUGAAGAUCAUGAAAUUAUGUAUUUAUUAUAAACAUUUAAACAAAAAUAAA